GACGUCUGUCCGGGCUGAUCAUUUUCUCCGCAAAUGCAGCCUCGCGUUCAUUUCAAGUUGAGUCAAGACCAACCUCACGACCGCGUCCGUGGUCAGAGUAAGUCGUCAUCAUGCCGCCUCAAAGUAGAGGCCCAUCGCCGGAAUCUGGGCGACGCCCAUUUCCCAAGUCCGAGGCUCUCCCGCCAACCCUACGGCCCUACCUCGAUACUCUUCCUUCUCCGACGACAUUGAUUCCCGACCAGCGAACUCCAACUGGCCCUCGCUUCAGCAUACCAGAUCGUGAUAAUGCUACGCCCACACCAACACCGCGGAAGGGCAGAGAUCGUGCAGCCACUGCUUUCGAGCUCGGAGCUGAAUCUAAGGAUGUUUCCGAUGAUGAGGAUGAACAUGAAGAGCAGGACAAUGAUGAGGGUGAGGAUGUUGCCGGAGUGACAUUGGAUGAUGAUGACUUUGAGAGACACUAUUCGCGGCAGGAAUCCCCAGAAUCGGAAGAAGAAGUCUCAGAAGAAGAAGGAGGAUAUCAGGACGAAGACGGCGACGAGUCUGAAGCGCAGUCACAUCAAAUUGGCACGGCAGCGGCAGGAGGGUUCUUUCCUUCAUCUUCGAGCAGACCAGAUGCUCUUUCACGCGUACGGUCUCUACCGGCACGGCCGCCUAUGCAGACGAGUAUCCAUAAUCUCCAGCAAAGUGGUGGCCUACAUACAUCUCAGUCAACAACGUCUCUACCACCUGUCCCGCCUCCACUCUACCCACCUUUCUACAAUCGACCACCAACACCACUCCCACCGUCUCCUAGUCUGACAUCCCUCUUGCGUCCACCAUCUCUACUGAACCGAUCUGCGACCUCGACGCGCGCAACGACACCAGAUAGCUCGGACGUCGAGACGCCCAACGAUACCGAAGCGGCCGUGGCACAUUCAGCCCGCCGUGCUCAUCCAUUACCACCGACAUCCCCCAAAGUGCCAACAUACGAGUACUACGGAUUUGUGCUGUAUUUGGCCUCGACAAUCGCGUUUCUCAUCUACAUUCUCUGGUCGUACCUGCCAUCGCCGUUCCUUCACGCGUUGGGCAUAACAUAUUAUCCGAACAGGUGGUGGUCUCUUGCAAUACCUGCUUGGAUAGUCAUGCUGCUAGUGUUCAUCUACGUGGCCUUGCUCAGCUACAACGUUGAAUAUCUGACCCUGCCUAUGACAAGUCUCGAGUGCAUGGUCGACGAAGCAGGCAACGUGGCCAUCUUGGACGAAUCAGGUCGACUUAGAAAAGGUGGUAGUAAACGAUUCGUCCGGGAAAUGGAGGAACGCGCCAGAAUGGAGCGCGCCAUGGAGAAGACAAAGUCGAAAAAUCUGAAAUCGAGAAAACAAUCCAAGAGCGGGAGUGGCUCCAAGGACAAGGGCAAACAACGACGAACGUCCUCGCGCCGAAACACAGGAGAGUUCCGUGCUUUGUCGUCAGAUGUUCAACCAUGUGCUAAUGGCACUGCUCGUCCGUCCUCAAACCAGGGUCAGGCACCCUAUGAAUAUGCCCCGACAUUUCCGUAUCUCAGCAAUGCUACAGUCAAUGUUCAGAAUCACCUGCAACACAGCGGCCCAGUAUAUCCGAACUGGCAACUCGUCUGGAAUGAGGGCACAGACGCUGUCAUGGAUGUACCCAUUGGUGGUGUCUGUGAAGUCUUGUACGGCUGAUAUCGAAAAACAGAAAAAAGGAAAGUUUUCUCGACGCCACAGAUUCCUGUUCCUGUACUCGUACCUGUAUGCCACAGCUGUCAUCAGGCUUCCAUGUGCUGAGGGGGCUAAGGACCGGAUCAAAUACCCACGGCCCCAAGAAUGUCGAUUAAUUGGCUACCAGGCGUGCCCAGAGUGCCCAGAACCGGUGGCUUGUCAACACCCAAAGUUCACUAGAUGAGCCAUGACCUCAUCCCUGGCCAACAAAACCUUAUCGCCACAAAGUAAUCAGUUAUCCAAAAGUUGGAAAACCAGCGGGGAGAGAGUGUGUUGUUGUCCGUGGCGACGAUAAAGACACUUUUAUAUAAUAUAUCAUUUUGUUCGCACAAAU